AUUAUUGUCAGCUCUGGGGUCCUACAUUUCAAAACAACCGAAAUGGCGGCGUCAAUAAGAUGGAGUCUAACGUUACAGCGUUUUGUACGGUCAAAUUGUUUGAGAUAUCCUGUAAAUGACAGAAAUCAAUGCUAUUUACUGUGGGCUGCUCGUAGAAUACAGUAUCAACAGAAUGAAUGCAAAUCAUUCUCAGUACGAAAACUUUCAGUUUUAACCCAAGACACACCAAACCCCAGAAGCCUAAAGUUUCUUCCCGGUAAACCUGUGCUGGGAACGGGGACUCAAGAUUUCCCAACAUCAGCCUCAGCAGAGAGAUCUCCUUUAGCCAGGGAUCUUUUCCAGAUUAACGGAGUAAAAAGUGUCUUUUAUGGACCAGAUUUUAUCACACUAACUAAGACAGAUGAUGAUGUUGAAUGGACCGAUAUUAAGCGACAUGCGAUUGAGGUCAUCAGUAAGUUCUUUGAGGGUGGAAAGGCCAUCACAACUGGAGCAGAACAUGCUGAAAGCAUGUGUCUUUAUUCUUCAGGUGUGACAGAGGAUGAUGAUGAAAUUGUCUUGUUGAUCAAAGAGCUUUUAGACACACGAAUCAGGCCUACAGUUCAGGAGGAUGGUGGUGAUGUGAUAUUCAAAGGGUUUGAGGAUGGCACUGUGAAGCUGAAGCUGGUUGGCUCCUGUACAGGAUGUCCCAGCUCCACAGUCACCCUAAAAAAUGGCAUCCAGAACAUGAUGCAGUUUUAUAUUCCUGAGGUGGACAAUGUAGAACAGGUUCAGGAUGAAGUGGAUGAGGUCAACAUGAAGGUUUAUACAGAACUGGAGAAAAAGCUGCAAGAUGUAUAGCAUGAGACAACAUUUCGGUUUGCUAUUAUAGUUGUUGUGCAAUUCAGACAUCCUAUAUUUACUGUUCAGAGUCUAAACUAUAGUAUAAUAUUUAACCAUGCACAAACUCAAUUCAGUUUCGUUUCCGCUACAAUAUGCAAGUACAAGAAAACUGAGCUUUGCACUUUGCGUAUGUGUUCUGGCUGUCACUUAAAUAUACUCUCUGUGUUUCAAGGUUCAUGAUUCUUACAAGUUACUUCUCUGAGAGAUGUGGUUAAAUUGUAAAUGGUUAUUUUUUUAAAUUACAUAGCUUAUUGCAUGUUGCAGUUUCACAGAGAUGGCUGGUGAAUGCGGUAAUUAAAGAGGUAGUUCAUCCACACAAAAAAAAUAUGUUUACCCACAAAUUACUGACCCUCAAGUGGCUCCAAAACUUUGAGUUAAUUUUUUUUCUGCAAAAAUGUGAUAUUUUAAAAAAUGUUGGAGACCAAUGAAAAAAACAAUUGUAUAAAAUAUCUUCUACAUUCAGCUCAAGAGACUUAACCAGGUGUGUGACAAGUAAAGGGUGAGAAAAUGAUGACACAAUUUUCAGUUUUGGAUAAAGUAUCCCUUUAAUUGCGAGUUCAGAAUCACAGCAUUUGUAUUCAUGAAAUAAAUGAUUCAUUAAAAAAACUGAAUUGAGCACUUUAAAUGCAUAUCUUCCACCUACAGUGAUAUUAGUUGAAAGUUUGUAUUCAUCUACAGCUGCCAUCCGGCAGAUCUAGAGGACCUAUAAAUCAAAUAAAACUGUUGUGGUGAAAUUA